AUGAACUGGUUGCGCCAUCAGAUCCACAUCCGAAGAAGGAAACAAGAUGGCUCGUUAUAUGCAGUCACUGCUUCUGCUGCUGCUAGCAAUGGUAGUUGCAAUAAUGUCUCAAUAACUCCAAAGGUAACGGUGCAAAUACUGGAUGGCUUGUCUCAAAAUCAGGACUUGACUCUUCACUGCAAAUCCAAGGACGACGAUCUUGGAGUACACACCAUAAAAAAAAAAAAAGCAACUUACGAGUUCACAUUCAGGCCAAGGUAUUUUAUUCACAGCACACAGUUUUUCUGCAGCUUUUGGUGGCCUUCAAACACUUCGCUUCACUGCUUCGACAUAUACAUGCAAGACCGAGACUGGUGCUGCGCUGUAUGCUUUUGGACAAUAUGGGAAUCAGGACCUUGUAUAAGCGACGAUCUCACUGGCUAUAUUGACUGCUAUCCUUGGAAUUCUGUCUAA